GCCGUUAAAUAAAAGCCUUAUCACAAGGACAAUACCUCGUUUCACGUGUAAUGGGUUACUUAAAAAGGGUGCCCUCUAGCCAGAACACGCGCUCUAGGUAGUGUGAUUCUGCUGCUUUCAGACAAAGAGGAAGGAGGUUUCGUCUUCUGCAGCGCAAACCACGAAAACAAAUGAAGGGGGCUCCGUGGUGGUGCUUGCUGCUGUGGGCAGUUUGUGGUGAUGUCAUACAAGCAACACACCAACCCAACAUUGUGUUUAUCAUAUCUGAUGACCAAGGUUUUGCUGACGUGUCCUGGCACGACAAAAGAGUCAUAACACCCAACCUGCAGCAGCUAUUGGACGACGGCGUUAAACUUAAUUACAACUAUGUACAGCCACUCUGUACUCCUACACGCUCUGCCAUUAUGACUGGCUACUAUCCCUACCACCUUGGAAGGCAGAAAGGUGUGAUUACCCCCCUCGUACCCACCGGACUGACACUUUCCAAAACUCUUCUACCAGAGAAACUUCGCGACCUUGGGUACAGAACUCAUGCCAUCGGCAAAUGGCACUUGGGCUUCUGUGACUGGGACUACACACCGACAAACCGCGGGUUUGACACGUUCUAUGGCUUCUACAAUGGGAUGGAGGAUUACUACACACAUGAUAUACAAGGAGGAUAUGACUUCAGGGACAACAAACGCACGACCUGGGAGGGAAACGGCACCUACUCCACGUUCUUGUAUGGAGACCGAGCAGUGAAGGUAAUUAAGGAGGAGGCUGCAAGAUCUGGUCCAUUUUUCCUCUAUGUGGCUCUUCAAAGCGUACAUACGCCUCAUCAGGUCCCGGAUGAGUUCCUCGACUACUACCCGGAAGACUCCAAUCAAGCCCUCUUGGGGAUGGUGACGGCAAUGGACGAUCUAGUUGGCCAAGUGGUGGAGGCGUUGCGUUCCACUGGGCAGGAAGACAACACCAUAAUUAUUUUCACCUCUGACAACGGUUCUCCUAAUAAAGGAAGGAACGGGCCUUUAAAGGGCUAUAAAGGGACCCUGUGGGAGGGCGGUACCCGCGUGCCUGGCCUGAUCUAUAGCCCUCUUCUGGAAAGCACGCCCCGAGAGUACAACGGCCUACUGCAUGUCACUGACUGGCACAACACCCUCCUGGCCGUCGCUGGAAGCGACGCGCUGACAGACGGUGAUGGCUUCAGUCAGUGGGACGCGCUCAGGACUGGCCAGACGCCUUCGCCUAGGGACUCCUUCAUCUAUAACCUUGACUUAAAUUCUGACAAGCCCAGCGGCGCUAUAAGGGUUGGCAAGUACAAAUUUUUCCUCGGGGCAAACAAUCAAGAUCCCCAGGACUGGCUCUCUGACCUUGAAGAAGACCCGAAUGAGACUAUUAAUCUCGUAGAGGAACGGCCUGAUAUAGCGGCGAAACUGAAGGAACUACUUUUGGCCCAGUUAGCGAGCCUCGUGCCUCAUGACAAUCCGCCCAAUGAUAAUGCAGGGAAUCCAGAGAACUGGGAAGGAAUCUGGGAACCGGGAUGGUGCACGGCUCACUAGAUCUCCACCUGCAUUGCCACGCUCACACUGAAACAGAAGUUGACGCGUUGAGCAUUUUCAACAAUAAAACAUUUUAAUCAUCUCA